CAUCAGUGUGUUCUGAGCACUUGCACUGGUCACAACCGACCUUGUGAAAAAAUGUUUUGUGAAAUUCCUGAGUUCGGGAGAUGUUGUAUGUGUAUGCCUCUGAGGAGGGGCAUUUUGACCUUCGGGUACAUCAAUGUUCUCUUCGCAGCGUUCAUGAUAGGAGUAUACAGUUUUGCGGUGCACAAUGACUACGGAUUUAUUCUGAUCUACCACGGGACACUGUCUGGCUUGGAAGAUGAAAUGUGUCUUAUUUUGUACCUGGUAGACUUCUGUUUCGGCCUCGCGCUGGUUUAUGGAGCACAUACGAGGCACAUCAUGUGUUUGAAGUCAUACUACUACUACACUCUAACAACGCUGCUGGCGAUGUUCAUUCUCCAGGUGGUGGGAAUGUUCAGUACAAGAUACUUCCUGAUGUGGAUUAUGGAAGCCACUGCACUGUUCGUUACUGGAUUCCUUCUGCAUAUAUAUCUGGUGCUUCUUGUGAGAAGUCUUCUGAAGAAGUUAGAGAACCCCGGCCAUUCUUAUGAGAACCAACUUCAUCAGUUUGUUAAUGGCGAAAUAAAGAUUGAAACGAACGGAGUAUAUCCCAGCACAGUUAUACCCAAUGAGACUGUGUAAAUAUUUACAUCAUUAUAUUGGAGACUAAAUUAUACAAGUUAGCGUAAGAACAGAUGUGGAGGAGAAUCUACGAUUUAUUUUAUGGGAAAGAGAGUAUUUGUCUCUAUAAGAUGAGAGUGCGUUUGAAGCGUUUUGCAAUGGAAAUUUGUAUCUAUAGACUGAUUUUAAAUCAGGUCGCUUUGGAGUCCUAAAUAGAAAAUGGAAUAAAAUUUUAAUAAGUGUUAUUGAACUUUUUUGGCAAAAAUUUAUAUUCUUAUUAUUAUAUUGGCAAAAAUUAUGAAAAAUUAUA